CAGCAGUCCAUCAUGAUUAUUGCUCACUACUAUUGCCUAAAUUAAUAUAAUUCCAAUAAAUAAUAAGUGAUAUUUCCUAUUGUGUUAAUAAGUUAAAUGUUACGACAGUGAUAUCGUUAAUUAUUAAUCCAAGUAAUCAGUAACUGUGAUAAUUAAUAUAUAGCUAUGAAAAGAGUUAUUUUAUUUAAAAAUGGUACAGAUGUAAAUGGAAAGGUAUUUAUGGUGACACAUUCUGUUGGAGAACUACUCCAAGCUGCGAGCACUAAAUUUAAUAUAACUGCCAAAAGAAUAUUCACACCACAAGGUGGUGAAGUUGAUGACAUUAAGUUAAUCAGAGAUGACGACAUAUUGUACGUGUCCUGUGGAGAAGAAUUUAUUUCAACAGACAGCAAUCCAAUUUCCAGAAACCACGACUGGGUGACACUCAAUGUUGGUGGUAAAUUAUUUACUACCACCAGAAGUACGUUAACGCAGAAGGAGCCGAUGAGUAUGCUAGCGAGAAUGUUUAUGGAAAAAGAUGAUAGUGAUGAAUUUAGAAUACCGCCCAGUAAACAAGAUAGCAAUGGCGCUUUUUUAAUAGACCGUAGCUCAGCUUAUUUUGAACCGAUAUUAAAUUAUUUACGUCAUGGGCAACUUAUUUUGGAUACUAAUAUCAGUGCUGCAGGAGUACUUGAAGAGGCGCGAUUUUACGGAAUCGAGGGUAUUAUCAGCACCCUGGAAGAAAUGGUAGCAGUCGAUAGCGAAAAACACAAAGGCACCGACGCACUAACACGCCGCGAUGUUUUGAAAGCGAUCAUGUCGACGCCAGCGACUUCUGAGCUACGAUUCCAAGGCGUUAAUUUAUCCGGGGCCGAUUUAUCGCGUCUAGAUCUACGGAAUAUCAAUUUCAAGUAUGCAAAUUUACGAGGAUGCAAUUUAGUUGGCGCAAAUCUGUCAGGAUGUUGUCUAGAGCGUGCGGAUCUAUCAUUUGCAAAUCUUGAGAAUGCACAGUUAGUAUGCGUUAAGAUGCUAUGUGCUAAUCUUGAAGCGGCAAAUUUACAUUCCUGUAAUUUCGAAGACCCUGGUGGGCUAUCAGCAAAUAUGGAAGGCGUUAAUCUUAAAGGAGCUAAUCUUGAAGGAAGUAAUAUGGCGGCUGUUAAUUUAAGAGUUGCUACUUUGAAAAAUGCUAUACUUAAAAAUUGUGAUUUGAGAUCUGCUAUUCUUGCCGGAGCUGAUUUAGAGUCCUGCGAUUUAUCCGGCUCAGAUCUGCACGAGGCAAAUUUACGUGGUGCCAAUUGGAAAAACGCGGCCUUUGAAUUAAUGCAGACUCCACUGCACAUGUCCCAGACAGUGCGAUGAUAAUAAAUGUGAUCAAGAGUGUGUUAAUUACUAGAGUAUUUCAUAUUUAAUGAACAAACUUUCGUUUACCGGCAGAGUUACUUCUAUUAUUUAAUUAACCGGCCUUACGACUGUGUCCUGCAAAAAGUAUAAAUAGUAGGAGUAAAUUAACAUUAUCGUCCACUGCUCACAGGAUUUGCCUACAAAUUCCUUCCACGUUUUCAUAAAAUUAUUCUUUUAUUUAUCACUGAUAAUUUUAUUUUAAUGAUGAUAUAUUUUAUAAUUAUUUAUUUUUUAUUUAAUUGUAAAUAAACAUGGCGUCAAUAUCAGGUAUAUUGGAUAGUACUGUGCAUUUAGUUUAUUGUAAACAUAUAUAUAUUAUAUACAUAUACUUGUAAUUAUUUAUUUAUAAAAACUGAGUCAAUA